UUACGGUAAAAUCAAAUUUCUUUUUAAUGACUGCGGCAUGUGCAGAUAAACUGUGUACAGUAGAUGUAAGCACUAAUACCUUUCACAGAAAAAAUACAAACAACUUUAGUAGAAUAAGAAUGAAGCUGUUUAUUUUGUUGGUGUUUGUAAUAGCGGGUAAUGCUCUAGAUUCGUGUUACACAAAUGAAGAACGUAAAAACAUUGAACAACUUCAAAAUCAUAUCCUGGCUUUCACGAAAUCUGUCGACACUUUGAAAACUGGCCUUAAAGCGAAAUAUACUGUUUUGAAUGGUGGAUGCAAAAAAGGUUGGAAGUCUUUCCGGGACCAUUGUUAUUAUCUUGUUAAAGACAAGAAAACAUGGUUUGAAUCAGAGAGAUUUUGUAAGAAAGAAGACUCGUCUUUGGUUAACGUAAAUGAUGUAGACGAAAAUAAAUGGUUACAGUCACAGUUCAAAGUCGUGAAAAACUUUUGGCUUGGUAUUACGGAUGGAGACUUAAAACAUUGGAUUAAUGCAGUUGAUUAUGCUCCGACUACGUAUUUCCACUGGGCAUCUGGCGAGCCAGGAAAUGUCGGGGAAAAUUGUGCCAUGUUCCAUACAGCCGAUGCUAAAUGGCACGACUACCCAUGCGGCACACAAACACAUCCUUUUGUGUGCAAGAAAGAUGUUAGAUGAAAGAUUUGAUAUAAAAAGAAAUAGUAAAGCAGUCGACGAAUAACAUGAAUAAAGCACAUAUUGACAAAA